AUGAAGACUUCUCCAAACAUGUUUCUCCUACUCCACUUAACACUUCUCUUCCUUUCUUCCAUCUACUUCUCCAAAUCAAACGCAAGUGAUGACUUCUUCUGCAACGCCGACGACAAAGCCGCCCUCCUCAAAAUCAGAGACCAUUUCGGUGGUCCCAAAGGCCGCCUCGACGACUGGGACAACAACACCGAAUGUUGUGACUGGAGCUUCGUCGGUUGCGGCAGACCUUAUCCUGGCCGAGUCACCGUCGUCACCAUCAGCCGUGGCUGGGGUCUUUCCGGUACGCUUCCAGCGGAGUUUGGCAACCUCCCUUAUCUUAGCAUGCUCUCAUUGGCCGAAAUGCCGAAAGUAACUGGGCCAAUCCCUAACUCUUUUAGCAAACUCCAAAGACUACAAAAUCUAGACCUUGGUUCCAACAGCCUUAGUGGGCCAAUCCCCUCCUUUCUAGGCAAGUUGAAGCGCCUAAAGGAGGUUGAUUUGUCUAACAACAAGUUAUCCGGCACUAUUCCGGCGUCACUCGGCAACCUACAAUCUCUUUCGCAGUUUAAUGUUAGCUUUAACCAGCUCUGUGGUGCAAUUCCUGCUGGGUUGAAGAAGUUUAACAAGAAUGUGUUUGAGCAUAAUAAAUGCCUUUGUGGUGCUCCUUUAGCACCUUGCAAGUGA